CGCCGCCACAAAACAUACGAAAACCCCUUAACCCCUAGCAACUUAGCAAAGGGUUCUGAGACUCGCCUCUUUCACUUCAAUCAGUGAAAAAGAGUGAAGAAAAUGGCUUGGCGAAGUGCCGGAUCACUGUCGCGGUCGCUUUCUAGGGUUUCUUCCCUCCGUUCGCCGCCACUGAUGCCCCGCUUCCGUCCGCCGCAAACUUCCUCCACUCAACAAACUCGCUGCUUCUCCUUUGCCAAUCCCAGGAAUUUUGCGGAACUUGGUUGCACAGCUUCAUUUUUGCCUUUGCAUGGUGUGGUGCAUGCUGCCCGCUUCACAUCCCUCCUGUCUGUCAAUGCUCGGGCAAUUUCUGAGCUGUCUCAUGGUACCUUCCGACGUACUUGUCAGGAUCGCUAGUAGCCUCUUUGUGAGUCUUAUGAUUUCUAGGACAUGUGAAGAGGGAAGAACAUAACAUUUUCAGUUGUUUAUCACACACUGCUGCCUUAAAAUAACCUUAAUUGACACAGAAAAUCUUCUUUUUCUGGUUCUUUAAUGUUUCAUUACUUUUGCGAUUGAGUGAUGAGAUAGGCAUAACUAGAUGUGUUUUUGCACUUUUUCCCUUUCUAAUAUAAAUUAGGUUGAUAAGAAGGAAUUAAAAUUGGGAUUGAUAGGAAGGAAUAGAACAGAUGGGUGAUGCACGUGGACUUUCAAUCAGCUAAAGGCACAAGAACGAUGCUGCGUCUUAGGUUUCUUUGUUUCAUAUGUUUCUUUUGCUGGAAAAAGUGUAGUUAAUCAUUAUUCUUGUACAUGACUGAAUGGUAUAACAAAAGCCUCCGAAACAAAAGAUGUGCCUUGAAAUCUAGUUAUCUUACAUAAUAAUUUUUGGUUUCUUGAA